GCUAGUAGAUUUGUGAGAAGCGACUACCCCGUCCGGUAUGUACAUGUACUCGUAUAUGUACUUUGCCUUUGGCGCGCCGGCUUCAAAGGAAAGGUAAACAAACCGUGAUAUUUCUCCGCCCACCUCGCGGGCGGUCUGCAUAUGAAUGCGGCGUGUUUCUACGGAAGUUUCGCAGAAUUACGCAGUAGGAAUUUGCGUUAGGCUCCUGCUUUUCGCGAAACUCGCUGCGUAACUUCGCAGAAUGCCUUGCGAAAUUUCGCAGAACGCACUGCGAAAGACUGCGCAACGUCUUGCGAAAUUUCGCGGAACGCGCUGCGAAAGAAUGCGUAACGCACUGCGAAAUUUCGGAGGACGUUUCGCGCAAGUUGACGCGUAUUUCGGGAGCGCCGCUGUACUGAUCCUCAUAUGGCUGCUGGUUGGCUUCCCCCUGACCGUGAUUGGUGGAAUCUUUGGAAAAAACAUGGCGGACAGUUUUGACGCGCCCUGCCGGACCAAGAACAUCCCGCGUGAGAUCCCGCCGGUGCCCUGGUACCGCUCCGCCCCAGCGCACAUGCUGAUUGGUGGAUUCCUGCCCUUCAGUGCCAUCUCUGUGGAGCUGUACUACAUCUUUGCCACCAUGUGGGGCCGCGAGCAGUACACGCUGUACGGGAUCCUGUUUAUCGUGUUUGUCAUCCUGCUGUCCGUCACGGGCUGCAUCUCCGUGGCGCUCACGUACUUCCAGCUGUCCAGCGAGGACUACCGCUGGUGGUGGCGGUCGAUAUUCAGCGCCGGGUAAGAACUGAAAACGUUUUUUCUU